AUGAAAAGACAAGCAGAUCAAGAACUUGACUCACUUGAAAAAGAAGUCAACAGAAAGAGUACAUUACCCAAUGAUAACGAUCUUCAAUAAUAAGAUGGAGCAGUUGAAAGCAAAGUCAAUUAAGAGAAAAAGGAAGAUGCAGAAGAAGGCAAGAAUGAUAAGAUGUCCUUGCCAAAAUGCAGAGUAGCAUUAAUUGUAGGCUAUAAUGGUAGCAACUUCUGUGGAUCAUAAAAGUAAAUAAAAUAAUUAGUAAAGGUAUUUAGAAAUCCAGAUGUUAGAAGUGUUGAGGAAGAAAUUGAAAAGGCCUUGUAUAGAUUAGGAGCUAUUUCAGACUAUAAUUAUGGGGACUUGAAGAAAAUAGGCUGGAACAGAGCUACAAGAACUGAUAAGAGAGUUCAUGCUAUAUAGAACUGCUUUUCAUGCAAAAUUCAUAUUAGUAAAGAUGAAAAUGAAGAUGAGGAAUAUAGAAAAAAGCUUAAUUAAGAAUUGCCAGAGGAUAUUAAGGUAUUUGCAAUCAUUAGACCAACUAAUAGAUUCAAUACAAAACUAAAUGCAGAUGAUAGAGAGUACUCAUAUUUCCUACCAACUUUCAUGUUCAAAAGCAUGAAAGAUGGAUGGUAUGGUUCUGGCUUAAAUAGGAAACAGAAGGGAAAUAAAACUGGGGAGGAAAGUAAAAAUUAGGAGACUAAUUAAGAGGAGGAAAAGAAGACAUCUGGCAUUAAGAUUAUCAGAAAGGAUCAUAGAUAAAAUAAAGAGGGAGGAGAUGAUGAGGAGCAUUUUGAUAAUGACCAUGAUGCUCAGUACUAGGAUUUAUACUUAUUCAGAAAUAUAGAUCAUAUUCCAAAAGAGGAAUUCGCAUCUCUAUAUGCAUACAGACUCAGUGAUGAGAAUAAGUAAAGAGUUUAGUAACUAUUUACUAUGUUUAUGGGCUCAAAGAAGUAUCAUAACUACACUAAAUAGAUCAGGGCUCAUCAAAUGGCUGCUUAAAGAUUCAUGAUGAUUUUAAAAGCUGAGGAUUUCAUGUAUGUAAAUUACGAGACAAAUGAAUUAACAAACAAAGAAGAUCCAAAAGCAAUUGAGUUUAUUCAUUUCUUCCUUAAAGGAUAAUCCUUUCUAUACAAUCAAAUUAGAAAGAUGAUUGGAGUAAUGAUACAAGUAUUCAGAGGGGAUCUUGAUGAUAAAUUCAUCCCUAAUUCUUAAAGAGAUAAUGUGGUUAAUGUGGCGUUAGCUCCAGGUGAUGGUUUAUUACUAGAGAAAGUGUGCUAUGAAAAGUAUAAUGCAAAUAAAAGAGAUAUUAAGAACGAUAUCUUCAUCAAGUAUGUAGCAGCUCACUAGGAAGUUAAAGAGUUUAGAGAGUAAUUGGUUAGACAUAUUGCUCAAAGAGAAAUCGCUGAUAAAGCUUUCACCAAAUGGUUAAGCUAGUUUGAUGACUACUCUGAGGAUUACUAUAUUGAUAAACCUCCUCAAGCAGCUGAAUUAAAGAUUCGUCUUUGA